GUUGCCCAGCCCAUACACUGCCGUCACGAAUCCAACGGAUUGAAGGGUACAAGGCGCUGGCGGGGCUCUUUUCAACACAAACAAGGAAGAGAUAUCACGUGCACUGGUUACAGUGGAAAUCAUUCGGUCAGUUCAUCGUUGGCUCUUGGUUGCUGUGUCCAGGAAGACGACAUUAUACGGCGUUCAAGCAGUGCCACAUGGUUCUGCUUCGGCACAUAUCCAUCGCCCUAACCGCCGCGGUGGCUGCCUUCGGGUCCGCGCUGUUUAUCGCCUUGAAUUAUUUCUACAGAAGGCGAAUAUGGUCUCCCGAAGCGGAAUAUUACAUGAUAAAAGAGGAGCACGAGGAGCAUGGAAAGCGCCAGGUGCUUGUCCUUGGCCUAGACGGUGCUGGGAAGAGCAGUAUCCUGCAGGGGCUGACAGCUGGAGACGGAGGCAAGAAAGGGCACUGCCGCCCCACCAGGGGCUUCAACUUUAUGAGCCUCAGUGCCCCUGCCUGUCAGCUGGAUUUCCUUGAGAUUGGAGGGGGUGAGGAUUUGCGUACGUACUGGACCGAGUACCUGAGGAAGACGCAUGUCUUGGUGUACGUGGUUGACUCCUCUGACAGAAAACGUCUCCCACAGGCCAAGGCUGAGCUGCAUCGCCUUCUCAGACUGGAUUCACAACUUCCUGUGGUGGUCCUGGGAAACAAACAGGACAAGCACAACGCCAUGAGUGUGUCGGAGCUCCAUGAGGCCCUGUCUCUGGGGGCGGUGGCUGACGAUAGGCGGCUGUUCCUCCUGGCUGCCCAGCUGGGCUCAGACGGCCUGAUUGUCUCCCGCAAUCUGCAGGCCUUCCAAGACUUGAUCCUACAGCUCGUUUGAUUCCCUAGGACAGGAUGAGUUGAACUGGGUGUUGACCAUGCAGGUGGGAUGGGGAGUUGCCCAUGGGUGAGCCCGUGUGUAAGUACAAGUAGCAAUGACUGCGUGUGAAUACUUUUGAACUAGAGAAGAUCCUUCAGGGCCCUCUGGGAGUCAGGGACUUCAUUAAAUCACUUACAUAGUAACAAUAUACACAAAGUAUACCAAACAUUAGGAACACCAUCAACAUGGCAAACUUGAGCGUGAAAAACCCAAUGUUGCAGUUCUUGACACUCAAACCGGUGCGUCUGGUACCUACUACUAUACUCCAUUCAAAAGGCUCUUAAAUAUUUUGUCUUGCCCAUUCAUCCUCUGAAUGGCACACAUACACAAUCUGUCUCGAGGCUUAAAAAUCAUUCAACCCGUCUCCUCCCCUUCAUCUACACUGAAGUGGAUUUAACAGGUGACAUGGAAAAAGGUUUUCUUAAUGGUUUGUAUACUCAGUGUAGAUCAUGCGUCUAGCUACACAUCAUGAAGCUUGUUACAUUUAUUGUAGCAUAAGUGUCAAUACAAUACAGUUUCAAUGCUCCUUAUUGUGGCAAUGUCAUGUCAGCUAGUGUCAAUUCAGUCAAUAAUGAAAUGGCAUUUUAUCCUCUUUAAAGGAGACGUUUGAUUGAGUGUUACAUUUCAUUGUAGGUAAGAUGCAGUCAAGUCCAUGUAAAUAGGUGUAAACAGUGCAGUUAAGAUGACUUGUUCUUUGAUAAAUUCAUGCUCUACGUUGGAAUUUUUUUUAAAUGUGCAUGUUUUCACUUAUUGGAGGCAGUGUUGUAGCCCGCUUUUAUUCAAAACAUACCUUUAAAUCUUAUCUUCAACCUUCUUAUCAAUGACCAGUAAUUCCAUGUUUCUACUGCAGUGGCACCACCUGAUGUUUUGUUUGACUGUUAAACUGAAAUGUGGUUGUUAAAAUUAUAACGUUACCCACGAUUUAAAGAAAUCAGGCCCUUUAAGGACCCAGUUGGGGGAAGGACAAUUUUCGUUGCCUUCUCUGACCCAUCAAAUCAAUACAUAAACUACUAAGGAGGAAACAAAUCUUUAGAUAGGCUUAUAUAACCUUGUAUUGUGGUUAAACAGGAAGCCGUUUUGCUGAGCAGUCCUUAUCUGACAUGUAGAAUUGACUUUGCGGACUUGUUUUUUUCCAACUCGGUGCCAAUGUAGGUUAGUUUGAACACAACCUGCUCAGUUUAGCAGAUACAGUAACGUAAUAGUGGCAAUAGUAUGUACUCCGUGAGGUAUUCCAGAUGCUUUAAUAGUGAUCAAUUAAGCACUUGGUUGCUCCCCGAAAUGAGAUUGUAAAUAAUUGACGAGAACAGAUAGGACUAGCAUACUGAAAUAGGUCAGCUAAUGUGUUGGUAUUUUCACUACAAGCAAACUCCAGACAUCUGAAUGCAGUUUCCUGACCGUCUUGAUAAAACACCAAUUUUAAAAAGGUUCUUAACUGCAAUGCUCGGGGUUAUUGGUCAGCCUAAUGGAAUAUCAUGUCCAACAUCUCACCAAAUUUAUCCAAUGUACCAAGUGCUAGAUUUAUUGGAGACAUUUCCCAUUAAUUGAAAACAUUGUGUUUUCCGAGACAGUAAAACUAGUCACUAUACAAAAUAUUGUACACUGUAUAAUCUUGUGGAUGUGUGAUAUUUCCAACUUGUCUAAUCAAACCUGAUGUGCACAUAAACAUAUUUAGAUGAGGAAAACCCCUCCUUGAUAGGGAUGGGCAUAUGACAUUAUUGCACUAUGAAUAAUCAUGCAUUUUUUUCCAGAUCUCCAGAUUGUCAAUUCCCCUCACCCCAAAAAGUUGCUCUUGAAUCUCUGGACCAAUCAGAAUGAAGCAAAUGCAGGUACCACAACAACUGGCAGUGGUCUGUUGUUUUUUGGCUAGCAGUCAGCAACAGUGAAAUACAGUGGGGCAAAAAAGUAUUUAGUCAGCCACCAAUUGUGCAAGUUCUCCCACUUAAAAAGAUGAGGCCUGUAAUUUAUCAUAGGUACACUUCAACUAUGACAGAAAAAAUGAGAAAUAAAUCCAGAAAAUCACAUUGUAGGAUUUAAUUUAUUUGCAAAUUAUGGUGGAAAAUAAGUAUUUGGUCACCUACAAACAAGCAAGAGUUCUGGCUCUCACAGAUCUGUAACUUCUUUAAGAGGCUCCUCUGUCCUCCACUCGUUACCUGUAUUAAUGGCACCUGUUUGAACUUGUUAUCAGUAUAAAAGACACCUGUCCACAACCUCAAACAGUCACACUCCAAACUCCACUAUGGCCAAGACCAAAGAGCUGUCAAAGGACACCAGAAACAAAAUUGUAGACCUGCACCAGGCUGGGAAGACUGAAUCUGCAAUAGGUAAGCAGCUUGGUUUGAAGAAAUCAACUGUGGGAGCAAUUAUUAGGAAAUGGAAGACAUACAAGACCACUGAUAAUCUCCCUCGAUCUGGGGCUCCACGCAAGAUCUCACCCCAUGGGGUCAAAAUUAUCACAAGAACGGUGAGCAAAAAUCCCAGAACCACACGGGGGGGACCUAGUGAAUGACCUGCAGAGAGCUGGGACCAAAGUAACAAAGCCUACCAUCAGCAAGGGCAUUGAAGAUGAAACGUGGCUCGGUCUUUCAGCAUGACAAUGAUCCCAAACACACCGCCCGGGCAACAAAGGAGUGGCUUCGUAAGAAGCAUUUCAAGGUCCUGGAGUGGCCUAGCCAGUCUCCAGAUCUCAACCCCAUAGAAAAUCUUUGGAGGGAGUUGAAAGUCUGUGUUGCCCAGCAACAGCCCCAAAACAUCACUGCUCUAGAGGAGAUCUGCAUGGAGGAAUGGGCCAAAAUACCAGCAACAGUGUGUGAAAAGCUUGUGAAGACUUACAGAAAACUUUUGACCUCUGUCAUUGCCAACAACGGGUAUAUAACAAAGUAUUGAGAUAAACUUUUGUUAUUGACCAAAUACUUAUUUUCCACCAUAAUUUGCAAAUAAAUUCAUUAAAAAUCCUACAAUGUGAUUUCUGGAUUUUUUUCCCUCAUUUUGUCUGUCAUAGUUGAAGUGUACCUAUGAUGAAAAUUACAGGCCUCGUCUUUUUAAGUGGGAAAACUUGCACAAUUGGUGGCUGACUAAAUACCUUUUUGCCCCACUGUAAGUGAUGUUCAACAUGAUAGAAUAGAUUGUUCAAAAAAAGGUUAUGGUGAGUGUUUUGCAUUGAUCUGUGUCAGGCCUUGUGGAACUUCAAGGAGGUGCAUACCUGUUAUCACUAUUUGAAGUGGGGAAAAUAGCAUAGGCUACCGAUGUCAUGGCUGACUGGAAGGCAAAAUGCGCUAUGAAAAUAAAAUGCUUUUUCAUGUCAAAUGCAUCAUGAGGAAAUGAGCUUAAAUUAAACAAUUACUUUGUGCAUCAACUGUUGGGUACGUUUACACUGCACAACAAACUAUAAGCUACCAUGUUCUGUCAGCCACAAUAUGUUUGAAGCAGCAGUAGCUCACACUGUUAUAUUAAAUUUAAAAAAUUCAAAUGUCAUGGUGUAACAAUGUCACAUGGAUAAUUGCAUUUAGACAAAGUUUUUUAAUGUAAUUUUCCCCCUCUUCAAAAAUGUACACAAAUAGUAUUCUAACUUCCGUUCUGGUAUUCAAUUAACCGUGUCCAUCCCUACUCCUUGAUAUCGCCAUUGUUUCUUGAUAAUCUAGAGCAUGUUUCAUAUUUCUGUUGUGUUCAGUUGUAAUAUUUAUGCUGCUUCAAAGAUUUAACAAACUCCAAUGUCUUAUUUUUCGUUUUGCAGUGACAUUCUAACCUUUUGCACAAACGAUGUUAUGUUUAUAUCUUAUGUUAUUCAAAAAAGGAAAUGCAUUGAUAACGGCUUAGCAAAAUUCCACAUUAAGAGUGAUGCCGAGACUAAGGUUGUCCACUUUAAAAUGUAUGCCAAACAAAAAUGACUGCAAAGUUAAACCGUACAUACACAAGGACUACUUUAAACAAUUUCCAGACAAGUGAACAAAAACGUCAAUCAAACUUUGCAUCUGCACUGUUCAAGUAAAUGUGUUUUUAUAAAAUUCCUAGUGAAUUGUUAGAGAUAUUUAGGGAUUUAGGCAGUGAGGCCCGUUAUAUACUUCCCCAGAGUUAAAUGAACUUGUUGAUACCAUUUAUGUAUCUGUGUCUACCUAUUGUUCACCUAAUACCUUUUUUGCACUAUUGGUUAGAGCCUAUAAGUAAGCAUUUCACUCUAAGGUCUACACCGCUUGUAUUCGGCACACGUGACAAAUAAACUUUGAUUUGAGGUAGUUUCACAAGCCAAUGCUAACUCGCGUUAGCACAAUGGAAGCAAUGGUUAGCAACUUCCUUUAAACCACACGCAGAGAUACCAAUGGUAUCCAAGAGUUCAUCCGACUCAGGGGAAGUAUGACAGGCCUCAUUUCCCAAAUCCCAAAGUAUCUAACAAUUCCCAGUUGUAUGGUUUGUUUAACUUUUCAAUCAUUGGUUUACGUUUGGCAUGCACUUUUAAAUUAAAAAAUCUUUGUCUCACCACUAACUGUGGAAUUUGCCAUUACAAAUAUACAUUUUCACUUCAUUACAAAAGCAGUCUUAAAUGUUCUUGCUGUAUGGAAUUUGUGUAACUGUAUUUUUGGGAUACAUAUGGAAAGUAUGAACAAAUAUAAUAAAGUUUGAUUUUAUGCA